AAGAGUGAAACCAGAAAGGAAGAAACAAAUGUUCCCCUGUCUUAUAUGGAAGCAACGGUUCGUUAACCCAAUGAGUUAUAGCCAUAGCAGUCUAUGCGUUUAAGUUGAUCGGUUCCAGUGUUUAGCCGGUUCCAGUGUUGAUCGGUUCCAGUGUUUAGCCGGUGACUGCCCAAGUUGUGCGCAUCAUUAAACGGAAACUAGUAUGAUCCCUCCACCCCCACCCCUCCCCACCUUGGUGAAAACCAGGACCUCUCAAAGCCGUGUUCCACCGAUCCCUCAGCGUGCUGCAAUUCCAUUUAAUUAUGGUCCGACACCUCCUGUCCAGGAAACGGGUUACGAACCGGAUCAGAACUCCCAGGCUGAGGAAGCAACAUUCUCACCGCUCGCAGAAGAAAACGAACCCCAAUCUCCACCACCAUCUGACAGCCAAGGUGACGAUCCUCCUGAUGUGGAGAAGAAACCUCCACCUGUGCAGGAAACCAGCCCCGCAGCACAGGCCCUGAGCAGCCUGCAGAAUGAGACUACAGUGGAAGAGGAUCAUACACAAGAGCACGAAGAUGUCCAGCUGCCAUGAACUGGAACUUCCACACAACGGGUCCAAUAAAUAGGACUGAUUCAUAAUAUACUGUUUUUAAACAUCUAAAUGAUGUUUUACAAUGCAUGCAUUUGUGAAAAAUGGAAAUUGGAAACAGACUCAGGUAAAACACUUUAGUGCUGACUGUCGUCUGUGUGCAGAGGUUAUAUGUGCGACUUCAUUAUAGCUUGCACAACCAGAAGGCUAAACGUUUUUACAAAUUUGAGAAUGAGGACUACAUUCCGGGUCCCAACAGAUAAUUAUUUUCACUUCCUGUAGCAGUAUGAAUGUUUAAUGUUAUUUAGCUAGUUUUUUCUUAUUUUUUAAUUAUUUUUUCAGAUUUGUGCAAUAAUAGUUUUUAGGCUUUAAAACAGCUUUAACCCUUGUGCUAUCCUAGGCACUUUAACGUUGGGAGUUGGGUCAUCUAGACACACUAGACAGUGCGCUGAACCUUUUUUUUCAAUGAUUUGUGAUCUUCACUGGUGUCCAUGGAUUACAUGAAAUCUUUCCACCUUGAUCCACCUUUGUCAUGGUAGGGAGAACACGUCAAUGUAAGGGUGGAGUCAUAGGAUACCACACAUCCUUAUGUCCAAACAAAUUCCUUGGCCUUAGUGGAUAAGCCUGUUUACCUUUGUACCAUUUUUUCUGUUUGAUUUUAAUUGUUUUAUUUCACUUUACAUAUUUUCAAAUUUUAUCUUUCAACUUUGCACCUACAGUUAAUAUUUCGUCCUAUUUAAAAUAAAGUGCAAAAUAUUUAUAA